GAUGAUGGAUGGUUAAGAUGAUGAGGAAGAUGGACGGCAACGCAUGGUUCAUGUGCAAAACAGAGAAAGAAAAAGAGGAAUGGAAGAAGAAGAAUAAGAUUUGACUCGAGUGUGCCAACAGAAAGAAGAAACAGAUAACGAAAGAAAAGAAAAAAGAGAUAGAGAAAAAAGAGAGAAGCAAAAUUCAAUCAGAUCGAAUACUAUCUUGACGUCCGCAGCAACAGACCACUCUCCCUUUCUCUCUCUACUUUCUCUCUCUAAAAAAAGACCUCAACAGAACAGGGCGCCGAAGAAGAAGCAGAAGAAGAAACCCUAGAAAGGAGAAACAACUCAACUCAGCUCAGUUCAGCUCAACCCAGCAACUCUUCAUAUUCUUCCACACAAUUCAAAUUCUUUUUCCAUUUUUUUUGUCUCUCUCCACUGUUUUUCUCUUCGGUUUCAACUCGAGACACAUGCGGAAAGUGUUUGAAGAGUGCACAUUUCGGUGUUUGGGUUUGUUUUGGAGGCACAUCAAGGGCUUGGAGGAGUUUGGGUUGAAAUGAAACGUUGUGUCGGUUGAGACUGAGAGGGUUUGUUUGUGGACAUGUUUUGUGUACUAGGUUGUGGUUGUUAAUAUUUUUUGGGCUUAGGUUUGAUUGUUUUCAAAGGGGCGGUGAUAGUGAGAGAAUGGUGCCUCCUGGGCCACCCACGCCGAUUGGUGGUGCUCAGUCUGUGCCGCUGUCGCUUUUGAGAUCAAAUUCGGGAAUGUUGGCGGGUCAAGGGGGGGGAGCUGUGCCUUCACAAACCUCGUUCCCUUCGCUGGUGGGACAGCGAAACCAGUUUAACAACAUGAAUAUGCUAGGGAACAUGUCUAAUGUGACUUCCUUGCUGAAUCAGUCUUUCCCGAAUGGAAUUCCAAAUUCAGGGCUUGGUGGCCCUGGGAGCAGCCAGCGCAGUGGAGGGAUUGAUGCUGGGGCAGAGGCGGAUCCGCUAUCUGGUGUUGGCAAUGGAAUGAAUUUUGGCAAUCAGUUGCAAUCAAAUUUGAUGAACCCUGGUUCAUCUGGUCAAGGUCAGGGUCCACAAUUUUCAAAUGCUUCUGGUAGCCAGAUGUUGCAAGAUCAGCAGCAUUCGCAGCAACUUCCUCAGAAUUUCCAACAACAUAGUCAGCCGUCAAUGCAACAGUUCUCUGGUCCUCUGAACGCUCAACAGCAACAGCAGCAGCAGCAGCAUUUUCAGUCCAUUCGAGGUGGGAUGGGUGGUGUUGGGCAGGUGAAGUUGGAGCCACAGGUAAACAUCGAUCAGUUUGGGCAGCAGCAGCAGUUGCCGUCGAGGAAUCUUGCUCAGGUGAAGUUGGAACCGCAGCAACUUCAAACAUUGAGAAAUAUGGCACCGGUGAAAAUGGAGCCCCAGCAUAAUGAUCAGCAAUUUUUGCACCAGCAACAACAACAGCAGCAGCAGCAGCAACAACAACAACAACAGCAACAACUGCUCCACAUGUCAAGGCAAUCCUCUCAGGCUGCUGCUGCUCAGAUGAAUCAUCUUUUGCAGCAGCAGAGACUUUUGCAAUAUCAACAACAUCAGCAGCAGCAGCAGCAACUCUUGAAGGCAAUGCCUCAACAACGGUCCCAGCUACCACAGCAGUUUCAACAGCAAAAUAUGCCUAUGAGGUCUCCUGUGAAACCAGCAUAUGAACCCGGGAUGUGUGCCAGGCGGUUGACACAUUACAUGUAUCAGCAACAACAUAGACCUGAUGAUAACAAUAUCGAAUUCUGGAGGAAAUUUGUUUCUGAGUAUUUUGCUCCAAAUGCCAAAAAGAAGUGGUGUGUUUCCAUGUAUGGAAAUGGCAGACAAACUACUGGAGUUUUCCCUCAGGAUGUAUGGCACUGUGAAAUAUGUAAUCGCAAACCUGGGCGUGGGUUUGAAGCAACUGCUGAGGUUCUUCCCAGGCUUUUCAAAAUAAAAUAUGAAAGUGGUACUUUGGAAGAGCUACUUUAUGUUGACAUGCCUCGGGAAUAUCAUAAUUCCUCUGGCCAGAUUGUUCUAGAUUAUGCAAAAGCAAUACAAGAAAGCGUUUUUGAGCAACUUCGUGUUGUUCGUGAUGGUCAACUUCGAAUAGUUUUCUCUCCAGACCUAAAGAUAUGCUCUUGGGAAUUUUGUGCUCGGCGCCAUGAAGAGCUCAUCCCCAGAAGAUUGUUAAUACCUCAGGUUAGUCAACUUGGAGCAGUUGCUCAAAAAUACCAGGCAAUAACUCAAAAUGCAACACCCAAUUUAUCCGUUCCAGAGUUACAGAAUAAUUGCAAUAUGGUUGUUGCAUCAGCCCGUCAGUUGGCAAAAGCUUUAGAAGUUCCAUUGGUCAAUGAUUUAGGAUAUACAAAGAGAUACGUGCGGUGCCUUCAGAUAUCGGAAGUGGUAAAUAGUAUGAAAGACUUGAUAGAUUAUAGCAGAGAAACAGGGACUGGACCCAUGGAUAGCUUAGCUAAAUUCCCUCGGAGAACAAGUGGUUCAUCUGGACUUCAUAGUCAGGGACAACAGUCUGAAGAUCAAUUACAGCAGCAGUCACAGCCACAACUGCCACCCCAGCAUAUGGUGCCUCAUUCUUCAAACGGUGAUCAAAACUCUGUGCAAACUGCUGCUAUGCAAAUUGCUUCUAGCAAUGGUGUGACAAGUGUAAAUAAUUCCGUCAAUGCAGCAUCUGCAUCAACCUCCACAAGCACCAUUGUUGGACUUCUUCACCAGAAUUCCAUGAAUUCUAGACAAAAUUCCAUGAAUUCUAGACAAAAUUCCAUGAACAAUGCAAGCAGCCCUUAUGGAGGUAGUUCUGUUCAAAUUGCAUCCCCGGGUUCCUCUGGUAACAUGCCACAAGCACAGCCAAAUGCAUCUCCUUUUCAAUCACCAACACCAUCCUCAUCUAACAUCCCACAAACAUCUCACCCUGUCUUAACUUCAGCAAACCACAUGGGUACAGCAAACUCACCAGCUAAUAUUUCCUUGCAACAACAACAACAAACAUCUCUUCCUGCUGAAGCUGACCCUAGCGAUGCCCAGAGCUCGGUCCAGAAAAUCAUUCAUGAGAUGAUGAUGUCCUCCCAGAUGAAUGGCCCUGGUGGAAUGGCUGGUGCUGGUUCGCUUGGAAAUGACAUGAAGAAUGUAAACGGGAUUCUACCAGGGAGUAACAAUACAGGGCUCAACAGUGGCAGUGUCAGUGGCCUGGUGGGUAAUGUGGCUGUGAACAGUAAUUCAGGUGUUGGGGUUGGUGGUUAUGGCACAAUUGGUCUUGGUCCAGCUGGUAUGACUAAUGGAAUGAGACCUGUAAUGGGACAUAAUUCAAUCAUGAAUGGAAGGGGAGGAAUGGCAUCUCUUGCGCGUGAUCAAGUUAUGAAUCAUCAGCAGGAUCUGUCAAGCCAACUACUUAGUGGGCUAGGAGGAGUAAAUGGCUUCAGUAAUCUUCAAUUUGAUUGGAAACCGUCUCCAUGAGAGCCUUUGUAGUCUUAUUGGAUGUUGUGGUUCUUGGGCAGCUGCUUGUGCAGCAUGAGAAAUGCUAGAAUUGCCUUUGGCCCCCUGGAGAUGGCAGAACGCAAUCGGGUAGUGUUAGGUCUUUGUACUAAUCUGUUAUUUUAGAUAUAUAAAAAAUGAAAAUUUGUUGGCUGGUUGUUUGGCUGAUGGGGCUGAUUUUCCUUUUGAAUUCAAAUGUAACUUUUAAUUUUUGUAUUUUUUAAAUGUCUUGAUGGCAUUCACAAACUUAUCCUUUACACAUGCAAGAAAGUUAUUGCUUUGGACUGCAAACUUCAAGUGAUUAGGACCAUGUGCGUCGGCAGUUGACAAGUCUGGCACCCAUGUUUGGCUUUUCAGUCCCCUGUAGAGUUUAUGCCGUGAGCUAGAAAGGCCAUGAAGACAUUGGAAUUUCAGUUUACUCCCAAACCUGGAGUAAUGGUGCCAAAUUAACUUGGCAUGAGAAUUUGGCGAAGUGAACUGUAAUGUAUGGCAGAAGGAACAGCAGAGAAGAGAAGAGGGAAUUUAUACAAUGUAAUCUUUAACAAAUGUUGUAAAAGAUGUGGAUACAAAGUACUUUUUGAAGUGUUGAAAACCAUUAAAAGCAAGAUGGUCCAUAAUUUAUGAUCAAGCGUUCCUUGUUA